AUGAGAUCGACGAGACCCAUUUUUCGAGUUCUCACCAGCCAUACAGAACGAGCUGUCUCCAGUUCUUCAUCUUCUUUUGAAACCUGUUUGGGAACCCCUGAUCUUGAAAAAACUUUCUUCAAAUCCCAAAACAGCGAAGAUAUUAUCGUAAAAAGAUUAUGCCGGGAAAACAAAUAUGAAGAAGCUAUCAUUAGAUUGUGUGAAGGAUACCGUUUGACAGAAGCAAUUCUAUUACUUGAUCGUAUUAAGCGUCUCUCCCCAUUAGUGAAUUCUAAUCUUCUUCAGCUUUGUCUUGAACAGAAAUCCUUCGAAGGCACCAAAAGGGUCCAUACGCAUAUAAAAGAAUCCGGUUUUUUUCCGGGGGUAUCGAGUUUUAAUCGAAUCAUGGAUAUCUACUGUAAAUGCGGGAGUCUUGUGGAUGCACGUAUUGUGUUCGAUGAAAUGCAAGAGAAGGAUUUGUGUUCUUGGAAUACUAUGAUUUCUGGGUUUGCAAAAGUCGGACGACUUAAAGAUGCUAGGAACCUGUUUGAUGCAAUGCCCGAAAGAGACAAUUUUUCUUGGACUGCAAUUAUUUCAGGAUAUGUUCGCCAUGAUUUGCCAUAUGAUGCAUUACAGUUGUGUAGAACAAUGCUGCAAGACUAUAAUGUUAAGUGCAAUAAGUUUACUAUUUGUAGUUCUCUUGCAGCUUCUGCUGCAAUUAAAUCUUUAAAUAUCGGGAAGGAAAUUCAUGGUCAUAUUCUGCGUACAGGUAUAGAUUCUGAUGCAGCUGUUUGGAGUGCUUUAUCAGAUAUGUAUGGGAAAUGUGGGAGUUUGGAUGAAGCUCGGCACAUAUUUGAUAAGACAUCGGAUAGAGAUGUCGCUACUUGGACAGCAAUGAUCAAUCGGUAUUUCAAACAUGGAAGGAGGGAAGAAGGGUUUCUCCUGUUCUUGGAGUUGUUGAAAUCCGGGAACAGACCUAAUGAAUUCACAUUUGCCGGGAUAUUAAAUGCGUGUGCACAUCAUAACACAGAAUGUUUAGGUAGACAAGUACAUGGGUAUAUGUCACGCAUCGGGUUUAACCAUUCUUCUUUUGCAGCAAGUGCCCUUGUUCAUAUGUAUUGCAAGUGUGGCAACAUAGAGGUUGCAGAUAGGGUCUUUAAAUGGAUACCAAAACCAGAUUUAGCUUCGUGGACUUCCCUGAUCAAUGGGUAUGCUCAGAAUGGCCAACCUGAAGAAGCGCUAAACUUAUUCGAAACACUACUUGAAUCUGGAACCAACCCUGAUCACAUUACAUUUGUUGGGGUUCUUUCGGCUUGUACACAUUCAGGAUUGGUUGAUAAAGGGCUUGCAUAUUUUAAUUCCAUAAAAGAAAAACAUGGGUUAGCUUAUACUGUUGAUCACUAUGCUUGUGUCGUGGAUCUGCUUAGUCGAUCUGGCAGAUUUAGCGAAGCUGAAGACAUUAUCAAGAAAAUGCCCAUGAAACCAAACAAGUUUUUGUGGGCAUCUCUUCUUGCUGGCUGUAGAAUUCAUGGAAAUCUUGAUUUGGCAAAGAAAGCAGCCGAAGCAUUGUUCAGGAUAGAGCCCGAGAAUGCAGCCACCUAUGUCACCCUCUCCAACAUUUAUGCGGCUGCUGGUAAAUGGGGUGAAGUGGCAGAAGUCCGAAAGAUGAUGGAUGUUAAUGGAGUGGUGAAGAAAGCAGGGUGUAGUUGGACUGAAAUCGAGAGAAAAGUGUAUACAUUCUUGAUGGGAGAUACAUCCCAUCCAAGAUCAAUGGAAAUCCAUGGGUUAUUAGAGGAGCUGCAAAAAAAGAUGAAAGAAGAAGGUUAUGUCCCGAAGACGGAUUAUGUGCUUCAUGAUGUAGAAGAGGAGCAGAAGGAGCAAAACCUGUCGUGCCACAGUGAGAAACUGGCGAUUGCAUUUGCGAUUCUUGCUACUCGGCCCGGAACACCGGUAAAAAUAUUCAAGAAUUUGAGGACUUGUGUUGAUUGUCAUACAGUCAUUAAGUACAUCUCUAAACUUGUUAGUAGGAAAAUUAUUGUCAGAGAUUCAAGUAGAUUUCAUUGUUUUGAGGGUGGGAGUUGUUCAUGCAAAGACUAUUGGUGA